UUGUUUCUUUUGCUACACCUUUUAAUCAAAGUCUUGUUAUUGAUGGAAUACCUAGAUAUCUUCAUGUUUGUGAUCCCACUAGAUUCCAAAUGCUAGGUUUGGACAUGGCUAGCUGUGCAUUUUGUGACAAAUCACUUUCAUAUGAGGUAAGGGCAAAAGAUUUAGUGGAUCGAUUGACUCUGAUUGAAAAAGCCCAACAAAUGGGAGAUCACAAUGGUACUGAUAUAACAAGGCUAGGGUUACCCAAGUAUAUGUGGUGGUCCGAGGCACUUCAUGGCGUAGCUGAUGUCGGUCCAGAAGGUGGAGGUGUCAGUUAUUUUGAUUCGGUAGUUCCUGGUGCAACGAGUUUUCCAAAUGUUAUUCUCACUGCGGCCUCUUUUAAUCAGACACUUUGGAAAAUUCUUGGCAAGGUUGUCUCAACAGAAGCAAGAGCAAUGUAUAAUCUAGGUCGAGCAGGAUUAACAUUUUGGAGUCCUAACAUCAAUAUAGUGAGAGAUCCUCGAUGGGGAAGAGUUUUGGAGACACCAGGAGAAGAUCCUUUUGUCGCUGGAACGUAUGCAGUUAACUAUGUAAGAGGCUUGCAAGAUAUUGAAGGACAAGAGAAAACAAGUGAUCCAAAUUCUAGACCUCUCAAAGUUUCUGCAUGUUGUAAGCAUUUUACUGCUUAUGAUCUUGAAGAUUUUAAUGGUAUUACUCGACUUGUAUUUAAUGCCAAGGUGGCUGAACAAGAUAUGGUGGAGACUUUUAAUCUUCCCUUUGAAAUGUGUGUUAAAGAAGGCGAUGUUAGCAGUGUUAUGUGUUCUUUUAAUCAAGUCAAUGGCAUCCCAACUUGUGCCGAUCCUUAUCUUUUGAAAAAAUUAGUUAGAGAAGAUUGGAAUUUACAUGGGUAUAUUGUAGCAGAUUGUGAUUCUGUUUUAGAAAUGGUGGUAAGACAAAAAUGGCUUAAUUCCACAGGGGAAGAUGCCUCGGCUUAUUCACUAAAAGCAGGAUUGGAUUUGGAUUGCGGAGAGUACUACACCAGGUUCCUACCAAAUGCAGUGAAGCAAGGAAAAGUUAGAGAGGCUGAUAUGGACAAGUCGCUCAAUUACCUAUUUGUUGUACUCAUGAGACUUGGUUUUUUUGAUGGAAUUCCAUCUUUGGCAUCACUUGGCAAAGCUGAUAUAUGUACUAAAGAAAAUACUGAAUUAGCAGCUGAAGCAGCUAGACAAGGAAUUGUGCUUCUGAAGAAUGAUAAUGAAGCUUUGCCAUUAGACCCUGAAAGGUUUAAAUCCAUAGCAUUAAUUGGCCCACAUGCCAAUGCAACUGAGGUCAUGAUUGGGAAUUAUGCAGGUGUUCCAUGCAAGUACAUUUCUCCAAUUGAAGGCUUUUCUGCAUUUGGACAAGUGACUUACGAAAUGGGAUGUGUCGACGUUAGAUGCCCUAACGAUAGCUUGAUACACUCAGCCGUCGAUGUAGCUAAAAAUGCAGAGGCUACUUUACUUUUUGUGGGGUUGAGUUUAGCAAUUGAGCGAGAAUGGGUUGAUCGAAAGGAUCUUCUUCUUCCUGGAUAUCAAACUCAUUUAGUCAAUGAAGUUGCACAAGCUGCAAAAGGCCCAGUUAUUCUUGUUGUGAUGGCUGCUGGUGUACUUGAUAUUUCUUUUGCUAAAGUCAACCCUAAAAUCCAAUCUAUCAUAUGGGUCGGAUAUCCUGGUGAACAAGGAGGUCGUGCUAUUGCAGAUGUAGUUUUUGGAAAUUACAAUCCUGGAGGAAGGUUGCCACUUACAUGGUACGAAGCUAACUAUAUUGAUAAGUUACCAAUGACAUCCAUGUCUUUGAGGCCAACUGAUAAAUAUCCUGGAAGAACGUACAAGUUCUUCAAUGGUUCGACCGUUUAUCCUUUUGGUUAUGGAUUAAGUUAUACAAGCUUCAAAUACCAGAAUAAUUCUACAGAAAAGUCUCUCGACAUAAAAUUGGACAGACUUCAACAUUGUCAUGGUUUACCUUACAAGGAUGGAAACCAAAACCAUGAUUGUCCUUCAGUUUCAAUUAACGAUUUAUCAUGCAAGGAAGAAAUUACUUUUGAUAUCACAGUACAAAAUGUGGGAAAAAGGGAUGGAAGUGAUGUUAUUUUAGUCUACACAGUCCCUCCAGAAGGAAUCAGUGGAACUCCUAUAAAGCAAUUGGUUAGAUUUGAAAGGGUCUAUUUGCAUGCCAACGAGAGCAAGAGUGUCAAGUUUGUGCUUAAUGUUUGCAAAAGCUUAAACAUUGUUAACGUCUCUGGUUAUAGGCUUUUGCCAUCUGGGUUGCAUAAGAUUGUGGUAGGGGAUAUAUCAAUCCCAAUUAAAGUUAAUUAUAAUUGGUAGCUAUUUAUUUUUUAAUUUUAUGAUUUAGUAGGAUU